AUGGAGAUCACUAGAAAAUAUAAAUUGAGACGCAACUGUCUUAUUGGUUGCAUGCAAGAUACUAUUGUAAUUGAUGUUAAUAACUCUAGUCUAACUCAGAUGCUCGAACAACUUAUAAACAACAACAGUGUUGAUUCAGACACUAGAAAUAAAGAAAUAAUGGAAUUAAUUCAGAAUGAAUUUAUUAUAUUACUAGAUAUUUUAUCUAAAGAACUCACACAAGAACAUAAUAUUAAGAUCAACAUAAGUUUAUUUAGUAGGGGUGUUCCACUCUGGUACUGGAACAGUAUUUUAAACAAAAUAUUAUUUCAAAACUUUGUACCUCUAUUUAAUCAUUGCAAUUUUAUCAUAACAUUACAAUCAAAUAUAGACAGACAAUAUUAUCAGGAUAACAGUUCAAUGUUGAACCAUUUUCAAACAGCUCUUGCCAGUUCAAAUGUACCACAGGAGGAUGACGAACAAAAUGAAUUAUUAAUAAAGCUUGCUUUACUGAAUAUUUGUAACGAAAAUAGUUUAACAGAUGAGGAUAUUGAACUAGUAAUAACAAACUACCAUUCUUUAGAAGAAAUAAUAAAUGAUUAUUAA